AACUAGCAGAUAUGGCCCUGCAGCUCUCUUAUGCCAGUGCGUAUACUUGUGAAGCAUAUUUGGACGCGGCCAGGCUUAUGGCUCUCUCAUCAGCCCUGUUGGUGGCUAUCCGCCAUACCCUAUGGUUCUCCUGCUGAGCGGCAGAUAAUGCUUCAAAGUGGAAGCAGACAGCGCUCCCCUUUACCGGCAGCAAACUUUUUGGUAAGCGCCUGGAUGAGAUCAUUUUGGACGCUAAAGGUGGUAAGAGCACGCAUUUACCACAGAACAGGGGUCCGUCUAAUAGGUCGAAAAAACUGAAGCCUUUUUUUUUGCCCCUUUCAGAGUUUUUCCAGCCCCAAGAGGGCAUCCAACAAGUCGGCCACGGAUCAGAAGCGCAAACCUUCCUUCAAGCCUUGCCCUUCCUGGGGUCCCCGUCAACAAGGCUCCAAGUCCUAUAACCCCAAGAACUCUGCAUGUUCGGUGGGCGGCCGGCUGCAUUUGUUUCGACAUGCCUGGAUGGCUCAUGUCUCGAAAGCGUUGGUGAGGGGGGACAUUGUAGAUGGCUACAAGCUGGAAGUCUUCCCCUCCGUUUCAUUUUUUUCGGUCGUCAUCCCUGGCGUCUCCCUCGGCUGCAAAUUCCUUUUUUCAGGCAAUUUGCAUGCUGCUGUGGCAGGGGGUUCCUGCGUAAAACCGUUUUCGGGGUUUUUACUUUAAUCUCUUUGUGAUUCCCAAAACAAGAAGGGACGGUCCGUCCCGUUCUGGACCUCAAGGCUCUGAGAUCGGCCAUUGUGUCCAUGGAACCAGGGGAGAACCUGUCUUCGAUAGACAUCAAGGAUGCUUAUCUUCACAUGCCCAUAUGAGUCAGUCGUCAGAUUUCUCCUGUUUGCAGUGGGGCCAUGUCACUUCCAGUUUGUAGCCCUCCCGUUCGGUCUGGACACGGCUUCUAGGGUCUUUACGAAGGUUCUGGUGGCAGACACAGCCCUGCUCCAUGUCAGGGGAAUCGUAGCGUUCCCUUACUUAGAUGACAUCCUGGUGAAGGGUCCGUCAUUCCAGGUGAUGGCGGAUAGCCUGAGCAUAGUUCUGGACAGGUAAAAGUCCUGUCUUUAUCCAUCGCAGCGGCUGACUUAUCUGGGCAUGGUGCCCAACACAUUUCAGGCCAAGGUGUUUUUGCCUCCGGAGAAGCUAUUUGCUCUCAGUCUUCAGAUUCUCGCCUUGUUGCGGCCAUGUCCUGUUCCCAUUCAUUGCUGCAUGCAGGCUCUGGGUCACAUGGUCUCUGCCUUCAAAGCAGCUCCCUAUGCUCAGUUCCAUACCAGAACGCUUCAGCGAGCCACUGUCCAGCUGGGACAGUUCCCAGAACUAAAUCAGAUUAUUCUCCCUUCAUUUCGUCCGGACCCGUCUCAUCCUUGGGAGAGGUCGCUCCACACUCUGGAUUUGGUACAGGUCGUUCGCGUCUAUCUGUCACAGAUGGCGUGUUUCUGGUGGACGGAUUCCCUGUUUGUGAUUCCAGAAGCUCGUCCUGGUCGUCUUUGCACACCUUUUCCAAGUUUUACAGGGUGCACAUCUUCGCGUCUGCGGAUGAGUCUCUGGAGCAGACGUCAUCUUUCUCGAGGACAGAUUCCCUGUUUGUGAUUCCAGAAGGGCCGAGACGAGGGCUGGCAGCGUUAAAGACUUCCAUUUCCCGAUGGAUUCGUAUGGCUAUUGUGGAAGCGUACCACGUUAAGAACCGGGCCCCAUCCUUCCGGGUGACUGCUCAUUCGGCUCGGGCAGUGGGGGCCUCUUGGGCAGUGCAUCACGGGGCUUCGGCCCUUCAGGCAUAUCUCAGGUGUGCAUUCUACCCUAACUGGCACAAGGCUUGAUAGAAGAGAUGUCACCUCCACCCAGAAUGCAGCAAUCGGGCCUCACCUCCAAAUCAUGUGCCAGAAAUCUGCCUCCAUUUCCCCGCAUCUAGGACAGGCCGUGGAUGGUGCUCUGCCCAUUCUAUACAGCCUAGUGGGCGUGAGAUAUGUUUGAUGAAUGAUGUAUAGUUGUAUUAUUUUGUUAUUGGCUGCUGGUGAUACAUGUAAAUGCGAUGCUAAAAAAGUUGAUAUACAUUGUUCCAUAAUUGUGGGUAUCAGUCUUUUCUAUUUGUCUAUAAUUGCAAGAGGAUACGCGCUAACCUUUGCCUGUACUAGAUGUGAAUAUAUCGCUGAUAAUAGCCCUCUGGGUCCUUGGGUUUUAACAACUCCUAUGAGUGGGUAUUUAGAAACCGUAGUGUUGGCAUUUGGGAAUUUACUUUGUGUAGCUGAACGGAGUUGCAGGUAUGAGAAAAAAUUAGUUCGAGGGAUUUGGUAUUUCUGGGAUAAUGUUUCAUAUGUCAUUAACACUCCUCGAUCAUAUACGUCUCCGAGGGUUUUAACCCACAUCAUCUGCAAUCUGUCCAUCCCCAUUACCCUCUGCAAUUGUGGUAGCGAUUGGUUGUCCCACAGGAGAAUAUCUGAAACAACCUAUGUAAAACGGGAUAAUGAUUUGGCUUCUCUCAAAGAUGUUUGUGCCAGCCUGUGUAGUGGCAACAACUGUUUCUGAAACUUAGGGGGCAUUUUCAGGACUGACCAAAGUGUAUUGCAGUUGAGAUCAUUUUUUGGGAAAUAUUCCGAGGUGGGUAAUUCCUCCGAGGAGUACCAGGCGCUAAUAAGCCUCAAUUUGCCUGCCAAGUAAUACAAAUUAUAGUCAGGCAAUGCCAUACCUCCCACUGUUUUAGGUCGUUUUAAUGUAUCCAUGCUUAAUUUAGGUCGGGAUCUGCCCCAGACAAAGACUCUAGUCAGUGCAUUUAUUUCUUUAAAGAGCGAUUUGGGUAUACAAGUCUCUCAGUGUUGAAGGAUAUAGAGGGUUAUUGGAAGUAUAAUAAUUUUGAUUAGAUUGAUACGUCCUGCCACAGAAAUGGGCAGA